AAAGAGGUCAAAAUGUUCCGGAAGUCUCAGUUACGCAACAUGCAGUGACCAGUAUCGACCACCAGGGGGCGGCAGUGAGCGCCGCGGCUUGUCUCCGCCCCGAAAAUCCGUCCAGCGGAAGAAGAAACCGUCAACAAGAGAGGCGAAAGUUUACCUGCAGCGACACUUCACCCCGAUCUCCGCACGGACAGGAAUGGGGCCCGCAGCGGGGACGCGCGCUUCACGCCGACUCUUCUUCAUCCUCCUCGCGGCCGCCGGUUGUUUUCGAUGGGUUGAGGCCCAACACUGUAUUUGGUACGGCGAGUGUGGCGACUCGCCGGUCUCUGGAAAAAAAUACAACUGCAACUACACGGGCCCCCCCCAACCGUUAGAGCCGGACGCUUAUGAUCUCCUCAAAGAGCUUUGUCCCGGAUACGACUAUGGAAAUCGAAGUUUGUGCUGCAACGCCGACCAGCUGCGCACGCUCAAAGGAAGCCUGCAGCUUCCACUCCAGUUCCUGUCUCGGUGUCCCGCCUGCUUCUAUAACCUGAUGAACCUCUUCUGCGAGCUCACCUGCAGCCCCCACCAGAGUCAGUUUGUGAACACCGUCAAGGUGAACGGCACCAAUGUGGUGGAGGUGCAGUAUUACAUUGGAAAGACGUUUUCCAGCGCCAUGUACAACGCCUGCAGCGACGUUCAGGCCCCCUCCAGUAACGUGAAGGCCUUAUCGCUGCUGUGCGGCAGAGACGCUCGGGACUGCAACGCCACCAACUGGAUUCAGUACAUGUUCAGCACCAGCAACGGACAGGCUCCGUUUCCCAUCGACCCCGUGUUCUCUGACGUGCCGGUGUCGGGUUUCACCCCCAUGAACAAUAAGACGUACGCCUGCACAGAGGGCCUCGAGGACGGCUCUGGUCCCUGCUCCUGUCAGGACUGCACCAAAGCCUGCGGCCCCAAACCCGUCCCUCCGGCUGCCCUUCCUCCCUGGACCAUCUUUGGUUAUGACGCCAUGAAUGUCAUCAUGGGGAUCUCCUAUUUGUCUUUCCUGCUUGUCCUGUUAGUGCUGGGAGCUUUGUGUUACAGGCGGAGACCCAUCAUUUCAGAGUAUGGCCCCAUUUUGGACAGCAACAACCCGCUCUCUUUGAACGACGAUGAUUUGAGCUUAGCGAGCCCGUCGUGCUGUGAAACUCUGGGAGAGCGCUUUGAGAGUUUCCUGCGAGUCCUGUUCAGCUCCUGGGGGUCCUUCUGCGUGCGGAACCCAUUUGUGGUGGUUCUGGGCAGCGUGGUGCUGGUGGUGGCGUUCUCUUUUGGCCUGCGAUACAUGCGCAUCACCACAGACCCGGUGGAGCUGUGGUCGUCCCCCACCAGCCAGGCUCGGCAGGAGAAGGACUACUUUGACAGCCACUUCGGACCCUUCUUCAGAACAGCGCAGCUCAUCAUCACCACCCCGAGGGAGGACAAUUACACAUAUUCUCCAUACUUUGGUGGUUCAGACGUUCCUUUCAAAGCCAUCUUUAACAAAGACCUCUUGCACCAGGUUCUGGACCUUCAGCUCGCCAUUGAAAACCUUGCAGCCACGUACGACGGUCAAAGUGUCACCCUGAAGGACAUCUGCGUGGCCCCGCUGGCUCCGUACAACAACAACUGCACCAUCUUAAGUGUCCUCAACUAUUUCCAGAACAGCCACUCCGUGCUGGAUCACACCAUCGGAGACGAAUUUUUCAUCUACGCCGACUUUCACAGCCACUUCCUCUACUGUGUCAGCGCCCCAGCAUCCCUGAACGACACCACCCUCCUCCAUGACCCCUGUCUGGGCACCUUUGGGGGCCCCGUGUUCCCCUGGCUGGCGCUCGGCGGUUAUGAUGACACAAACUACAACAACGCCACGGCUCUGGUCAUCACCUUCCCUCUCAACAACUACCUGAACGACUCGGUCCGAAUGGGCAAAGUUCUGGCCUGGGAGAAAGAGUUCAUCGGCUUCAUGAAGAACUUCUCCAACUCCAACCUGACCAUCGCCUUCAGCGCAGAGAGGAGCGUGGAGGACGAGAUCGACCGCGAGAGCAACAGCGACAUCAACACCAUCCUGAUCAGCUACAUCAUCAUGUUCGUCUACAUCUCGCUGGCUCUGGGGCACAUCCACAGUCUCCGCAUGCUCCUGGUGGACUCUAAGAUCUCUCUGGGCAUCGCCGGCAUCCUGAUCGUUUUGGGUUCCGUGUCCUCGUCUCUGGGCAUCUUCAGCUACGCUGGCAUCCCGCUCACGCUCAUCGUGAUCGAGGUCAUUCCCUUCCUGGUGCUCGCCGUCGGAGUCGAUAACAUCUUCAUUAUAGUCCAGACGUUGCAGAGGGACGAGCGGCUGCAGAACGAGGAGCUUCACCAGCAGAUCGGACGCGUUCUGGGAGACGUGGCUCCCAGCAUGUUCCUCUCGUCCCUGUCGGAGACGGUGGCCUUCUUCCUGGGCGCUCUGUCCAACAUGCCUGCCGUGAGGACGUUCUCACUGUUUGCCGGUUUGGCCAUUUUCAUCGAUUUCCUGCUGCAGAUCAGUUGCUUCGUCAGCUUGUUGGGACUGGAUGCCAGAAGGCAGGAGCGGAAUCGCCUGGACAUCUGCUGCUGUGUGAGACUGCCAGAAAUUGAGGAUAGAAAGUCCGACGGCAUCCUGUACCGCUUCUUCAAGAAAGUCUACGCUCCUCUCAUCCUCAAGGAGUGGCUCCGACCGCUCAUCGUGGCGGUGUUUGUGGGGAUGCUGUCCUUCAGCAUUGCUGCAGUCAACAAGGUGCAAAUCGGGCUGGACCAGAAGUUAUCCAUGCCUGAUGACUCCUACGUUCUGGACUACUUCAAGAACCUGAGCGAGUACCUCCACACCGGAGCUCCUGUGUACUUCGUGGUGGAGGACGGUCUGGAUUACAACAGUCUGGACGGCCAGAACGCCGUGUGUGGCGGAGUGGGUUGUAACAACAACUCUCUGGUCCAACAAGUCUACACCGCCUCUCUCAUCAGCAACUACACAACCAUCGCCUACACGCCGUCCUCCUGGCUGGAUGAUUACUUCGACUGGAUCAAGCCGCAGUCGACCUGCUGCCGUUUCUACAACUCGACCGGAGAUUUCUGCAACGCCUCAGUGAUCAACCAAACCUGCGUGUCGUGUCGACCUAUGACGGCUGCUGGGAAGGAGAGGCCCGUCGGAGACGACUUCAUGCGGUUUCUGCCCAUGUUCUUGUCCGACAAUCCCAACCCCAAGUGUGGAAAAGGUGGCCACGCCGCUUACGCCACAGCCGUGGACCUGAAGCCCAACAACAGCGGAGUGGGGGCCACGUACUUCAUGACCUACCACACCAUCCUGAAGGAGUCCCCGGACUUCAUCGAUGCUCUGAAAAUGGGUCGAAUGGUGGCCAAGAACAUCAGUCAGUCCAUCAACCACACGGUUUUUGCCUACAGCGUCUUCUACGUCUUCUACGAGCAGUACCUCACCAUCGCCUACGACACGGCGCUCAACCUGGGCUUGUCGCUGGCCGCCAUAUUUGUGGUGACCACGGUGCUGCUGGGCUUCGAGCUUUGGUCUGCUGUGAUGGUCAGCAUCACCAUCGCCAUGAUCCUGGUGAACAUGUUCGGGGUCAUGUGGCUCUGGGACAUCAGCCUCAACGCCGUGUCUCUGGUCAACUUGGUGAUGAGCUGCGGCAUCUCGGUGGAGUUCUGCAGCCACAUCGUCCGGGCCUUCUCCAUCAGCAUGAAGAGCAGCAGAGCGGAGCGGGCCGAGGAGGCUCUGGCCCACAUGGGCAGCUCUGUUUUCAGUGGAAUCACGUUAACUAAAUUCGGAGGAAUCGUAAUCCUGGCGUUUUCCAAGUCGCAGAUCUUCCAGGUCUUCUACUUCCGGAUGUACCUGGCCAUCGUGCUGCUGGGGGCGGCGCACGGCCUCAUCUUCCUCCCCGUCUUACUCAGCUAUAUCGGUCCGCCCACCAACAAAGCCAAGGUUGUAGCCGCCAACAGGCGCUACGUCGGCACAGAGAAAGAACGCCUCCUCAAGUACUAGCAGCUGCUCAGCAGGACGAACAAUGAACUCACUGUUGGUCUGAGCGGGACUGCGUGGGCCGCUGACCACUUCAUCAUCAUCAUCCUCAUCAUGGCGGCGUCUAACUCAGGAUCCGGGACGGGGACUUUUCUGCUCACUAACAAGCGAAGACUUUGGAGCUCCUCUUCCUCACACUACAGCUGACUCGAGCGGCUCGGAUCAGAACUAUCGAUAGGAGCUUAUGGGUUUGAGAAAAGGGUGAAACUGGUCAGUUUUUAUAGAAAUGUGCUUUGACCAUAAAAAACUGAUUUUUAAAGCUUUACUUUUGUAUAACUUUGAUAUAGGAAACCAGGAGGAGCAUCGAGGAACACCAAACAUUAGUUUCUAUUAUAAAAAAAACUAGAUUGAAGUUUUUUUUUAAUUUUUAGACGUAUUUUCAUCCACUUUUUGUGGACUAAUUCCUCAUUUCAUUCCAGAACGUCGUAUAUUUGAUUGUGUCAGCAGGAUUGGACUGUUGGAGUUUCAUAGUUACUGAAUUCACAAACUUUACACGGAAAACCUCAAACAAAUGACUUUACGAUAGUCUAAUACUGUAAAAGGAUUUACAGUACAUUUUUAUUUCUUUGCCUUUUAAGUUAUUUUUUAACUUUAACAUUUUGUUGUUAAAUAUUUUCUUUUAGCCAACUAAUCUGUACAUUUCUAAAUAAAAAAAUGGUUCCAACUCUUAAACUGGAAAACAAGUUGAAGUUCAAGCAGGUUUGACCUAAAAAUCGACUUUUUUCUUGUAAUUUUAGCUUUUGUUUCUUUUUUGAUUUAACCAAAUUUGUCAAAGAAGAGUUAAAAACUGGAUGUAAAGAAGAAGAAAUGAUCUGUGCUUCUAGCAGUGCUGUGCAUUGAUUUAUGAAGAAUGUGGAAAAAAGCAAAAACAGAAGGAACUAUUUAGUUUUUAACAAUUUUAACACAAUAAAAGCAAAAAAAAGGAAAAG